AAGAGGAGAUAUAUGGAUGUGUUAAAUGAGGACAUGAAGGUAAUAGAGUUAGGUGGAAACACAUGAUUUGCUGUGGUGAAGAAGAAACUUUCAGAAAAAUCCCCAUUUAAUAUGAUUCCAGUCAGACAAUUUAUAAAUCAGUAAUAAAGUAGUGAUCAACAGUGUAAUAAAGGAAGCUUCACUUCCUGUGCGUCACUUUGUUGGCAUAGCAACCAGGAGACUCACCUGUUAGUUCUGGCAAAAAAACAAAACACACUAACUAUCUUCUGUCAGGGACAUCAACUUCUGCUUAAACCCUGGGAAGAAAAGAGAGGUAACAGAGAGGGGGAUAUUUGACCUCUGUUUGUAAACAACAGCAUGACUUAACUUUUAAUUCGAGCUGUCUUAUAGCACACCUCUUGCUGUUCAAUGGCAACACGAAGCGAGCGUCUCGCCCGGCCUAAGCCCAACCUACUCAAAUUUCCAGACAGGCGCUCUGUAUACUGGUUGGAUGAGUUUCCAGUGAUGUCAAAAUGCUCCACUGCCUUUGAGCUUACAUCACGCUGGUCCCAGCUGUCAGAGUGGAAAAAGAUUAGUACUCGCUAUGAGGACAACAGAGAAGCUCCUGAAUGGAAGGUUAGAGCAUCUGCAUUAAAUGCUCAUCCCUCUGAAAGAGUGUGUUCACUCGCUCGACCCCGUCAGCCUGCGGUCGGUUGGCAGCCUGAUCGAACUCUAUCACCAACAUCUCUCUCUCGCUGUCAGUUGAGUAUGGGAGUGAGAACUGAGGCUAAAGCAAGUGCUCGGAUCUGCCAGCUGGCUCAACCAAAGAAGAUAACAAUGGCACUGACAUCAUUCAACAGCACUAAUAACUAUUUGACACUUCCUCCACAAGCCAAGCCUUCUUCUCGCAUACACCUCCUGGCCGUUCCUAAAAAGGAGCAUCCUCAUUAUCAUCCAGACCGGCCUGUGUCAUCACACGUGCCAAAGUCAGUCUUGAAGGCUGUGGCUAGUGAGAGGCUGCAUACGCUGGCCAGACCAAAGCCCCGCAAACCUCUUUUCGAGGGAUUCGACCCAUAUAAAGUGAGCUCGGCUGCUCGUGCUGCUACUGCUUCUCCAAGAAUACAGGAACUAUCUCUACCUCCAGCACGCAGGUGCAGGAUGAAAUCAGCCCAAGACGAGCAUAACCAUGUGUAAAAAGAUCCAUGCAAUAAAUGUAUUAGCCCACAUUAGUUCUCUGUGACGACUAGCUCAUUCACUCUUCAUAUCCAUUAGUUACUUAAGCAAAUCUAACAUCAGCGUCUAGCAUGAUUUGAAUUGGUACUGAAGAUUUAUAUACGCACAUGUAUUGUAACCCUGCAUCGUGACUUUACACUGUAAGACGAGUGAGUGAGAGAAUUGCUCCUCGAAGAGCACUAUUCAUUCAUUGUUUGUAAUCUUUCCAGUCUCAUCUAGGAUUUUAUGUCAAAUGAUUUGGUCAUAGUAAAUCAGUUCUUAAAAAGUACAAUGGAACAGAGACCAUGGAUUUGCUCAUCUAUAAUUGUGUGAAUUGUAUAAAAGUGUGAAUUAUCCAUCUUUAUCUCUUUCAAUAAAGUUAACAUCAAUACACAUGACCUGCAAGAUAACUAAAAUGGUGGUUGCAUAUUGUAAUUGUGAUCUUUUGUGAAAAUCAAUUAUAUUGGUAUAGAAACGAUUUUUGAAUAGUACCAUUUAUAUCAUUAUAUCUGACUGCACUCACUGUAGGACAGAAUUCCAACAUCAAAACAGAUAAGUAAUCCAGGUUGAAUGUAAUUAAUGAGUCGGAUGAGACUGUAUUCAUACAAAACACUAUAAAACAUGCAAAAUAAA